CUCUCGAACCCAUUUUCCAUUGAAAUUAAUUGAGUACAAUGGAGCUUAAAAAUCUGAUUUUAUCUUUCUUCCUCCUCUUCCUACUCGUUGGAAUAUCCAGUACUACCGCAGCAUCCACUGGGAAAAUCAAAGUUCGCCGCCCUUGUAAAAGGUUGAUGUUCUAUUUCCAUGACAUUAUUUAUAAUGGAAAGAACUCGAAGAAUGCAACUUCAGCCAUUGUAGGUGCACCAGCCUGGGGGAACAGAACCAUAAUGGCAGGACAAAGCCAUUUUGGUGACAUGGUUGUGUUUGACGACCCCAUAACCUUAGACAACAAUCUGCACUCAACCCCAGUUGGUCGUGCCCAAGGGUUUUAUCUUUAUGAUCAAAAGGACAUUUUCACUGCCUGGCUUGGCUUCUCCUUUGUUUUCAACUCUACGCGGCACAAGGGGAGCAUAAACUUUGCUGGGGCUGAUCCUCUGAUGAACAAGACUAGGGAUAUAUCUGUGGUUGGUGGCACCGGUGACUUCUUCAUGGCUAGAGGAAUAGCCACUUUGAUGACUGAUGCCUUUGAGGGAGAAGUUUAUUUCCGUCUUCGUGUUGACAUUAAACUGUACGAGUGUUGCUGAUUGUUGAUGACGGAUUUUGGACUUUGUUGAAUGAUUCUGAAUCAUUCGAUCUAAUGGUCGUUCUUUUCUUUUCUUUUUAUUAUAUCUGGAAUAAUCCUUGAGAACUCA